AUGGUCCGAUCCAAAUUCAAGGAUGAGCACCCAUUCGAGAAGCGAAAGCAGGAAGCCGAGCGGAUCCGUCAAAAAUAUGCCGAUAGGAUCCCGGUGAUUUGCGAGAAAGCCGAGAAAAGCGAUAUACCAACUAUCGACAAGAAGAAGUAUCUGGUCCCUGCGGAUCUCACAGUUGGUCAAUUUGUCUAUGUCAUAAGGAAACGGAUCAAGUUGUCCGCCCAAAAGGCAAUCUUCAUUUUCGUCGAUGACAUUCUACCGCCCACUGCGGCUCUCAUGAGCUCGAUCUAUGAGGAGCACAAGGAUGAAGAUGGUUUCCUUUACGUCCUUUACGCCUCUGAGAACACAUUUGGAGAAUUCGAGACAGUGGAGGAGUCGGAAUCUGCCUGA